AUGACACCGGUUGUACGAGUUGUCCCUUCAUGUGAAACAUUUACAUCUUGUAUUGAGAAUGCACCAUCUCUACCAGGAACAGUUACUGGUAAUAUUCCGUCAUUUAUUUCUGCCCGAGACACCGAUAGAUGGUGCCACAUCGCCAAAUCUUAUGUAUCGUGUGGAUUACUAGCAAAAGAAAAGAUUUCGUGUUUUCUCCUCACUACUGAUGUUUCCAAAAUUCAGAAAACUAGUGAUAAUGCUUGUCAGGGAGUUCGUGAUCCCUGUCAUCCAGUCUCAGAGUGCUUGGAAUCGAUUAGGGGAAGUCAUUCUGAAUUGAUAUCUAAGAGUACAUGCCCGAUAUAA